UAAAUGUAAGUUUUUUUUAAUGAUUUAUUUCAAAUUUGAUUCUAAGUACUGAGUUAAACGUAAAGUUUAAUGUGAAAUUCAGUUGUAAACGCACAUCCAACAUACCGUUAAUAUUGAGCGUUCAUUUCGAUUUUUGGAGGCCAGCCAUGGCUGAUCAGACCUCUACGUUAGCGGUUGUUAUUUUGGCUGUUGGAGUUUCUGUGCAUUUCUCCUUACAUAAAGUUGAAGAGGGAUAUGUUGGUGUUUAUUACCGCGGUGGGGCAUUACUCCCAGUUACAAGUCAGCCAGGCUUUCAUAUGAUGAUCCCGUUGCUCACAACUUACAAGGCUAUACAGACUACUCUGCAAACUGAUGAAGUCAAAAAUGUCCCAUGUGGUACAAGUGGCGGAGUGAUGAUAUACUUUGAGAGAAUUGAAGUUGUCAAUAAAUUGGAUCCAAAUAGUGUCCUAGAUGUGGUUCGCAACUACACAGCAGACUAUGACAAGACCCUAAUAUUUAACAAGGUGCAUCAUGAGCUGAACCAGUUUUGCAGUGCCCACACACUACAUGAAGUAUACAUUGCACUGUUUGACCAGAUUGAUGAGAAUCUGAGUACUGCCCUACAAAAUGACUUGAAUGAACUGGCACCAGGACUAAAAGUGAAUGGAGUUCGUGUGACAAAACCAAAGAUUCCGGAAAUCAUAAGAAAGAACUAUGAGCUUAUGGAGGCUGAGAAAUCAAAGUUUCUAAUUGCAGAACAACAUCAAAAGGUUGUUGAAAAGGAAGCUGAGACUGCCCGUCGGAAAGCCGUGAUUGAAGCAGAGAAAGAAGCUCAUGUUGCCAAAAUCCAGUAUGAACAGAAAAUCAUGGAAAAAGAAUCUGUGCAGAAAAUGGAACUCAUCCAAGACAGUAUCCACAAAGCUAAACAGAUGACAAAAUCUGAAGCUGAAUUUUACCAUUUGAAGAAGCAAGCAGAAGCCAACAAAGUUCUACUAACAAGAGAGUACUUAGAACUUAAGAAAUAUGAAGCUCUUGCACUAAAUAACAAAAUCUACUUUGGUAACGAUAUUCCCAAUAUGUUCUUACAAGCAAAUGUAGGUGAACCUGUGCAAGUCCCUCCAAAUGUCCAAGUAGAAUAAAUAAUAAUGGAUAUAAUACAUGAACUAGUCAUUUAAGAAUACAGUGCUCUGAAAAUAAUCAAUAUUGUAGUUUGUGUGUAUAAAACAUAAUAAUGAAUGUAUGGGGUUAGAUUAAUGUAGGUUUGGUUUAUUUAGUGUAUGUAUGUAAUAUGUGUAUAAACUUAACGUUAAAUGAUUCUAAUGAUCUUACUGGGGCUUUUCGUGCAAUAUACAGAAUAUCAAUCAAUAAAUAUCUAAAAUGAAUGUUGUCCUAAGCGGCUCAUAAAUUUUUUUUAAUGUGAAAUAGCAGUUCCAAGUAUCACCAUGUAAUAU